CGUUCUCUACUACAGGCCUAUUCAUCGCGCAACCGGAUUUUUUUGUGGAGGCCUACUUUUUUACGGCGAAAAAAUUAUUUUUCCACGUUCAGACAAGAUACAAUGUCAUGUCGUUUAUGACAAACAUUUAAAUAAUGGAAUAUAAUACAAUGUUAAUAAACUUAUAUAAUUUAAACAUGGAGUUGCAGAUAUAAUUUAAAGCAAAUAAUAUAUUUAUAAAAUUUAGAUUAAAUCAUCAUGCCAAAUAAAUGUUGUGUGUAUGCUUGUCACACCAACUAUCAAAGUGAAAAAAACAAAAUAUCUAGUGAAGUUAAUAAAAUAUCAGUGUAUCGGUUUCCAAGUGAUAACGUUGAACGUGAAAAAUGGAUAAAAGCUAUUCCAAACUCUAAUUUGGUUGUUACCAAGUAUACUGUUAUCUGUGAGUUACACUGGCCUCCAAAUUUUGAUACAGUUAUAGUGCGUGGAGGAAAACGUCGACCAAAAAAUCCUCCUUCUGUUUGGCUAGGAAUACCUUUAUCUCAAAUUCCAACUGGUUAUCCAACUGAAAGAUCUACCAAAAGAUCUUUAAGUGGCAUUAGAAGUAUAAUAGAUGAUGAGCUAGAUACAUUUCUUAAAAGGGAUAAAGCUACUUUUUGUGACAUUAAAAACAAGUUUAUUGAUAGCAGUGAUCACCAAUAUCCAGUUAUAUCGUUUAUGGUUGAUGGCUAUGUUGUUAUACAAUCUUUGCAAUUUUUUAAUGGAAUACCUUUUUUUGUACUUAAAAUUUAUGAAAAUCUUACCUUUGAAACAUUUCAUUAUGGGAUUAAGUGUCACAUUUCUAGCUUAACAGUAAAUCGAAUCUUAACUGUUGACUCCUGGUCUAAGUUUGAUGAGAUACUUCGUUUUUUAGGCUCUUUAAAAAUUGAUCAUAAAAAAGAAGUAAUUAUGCAACAUGUUUCAGUUAUGGGACCAAAAUUAGUUGGAGAUAAACUUUAUACACCUGAAAUACUUAUACGCUCUUUUGUAUAUUUCUUAACAUCAAGGGCAUUAUAUAAUCGCUUAAGAAAUGAUUAUCAACUUCCAUCUAUUUCAACACUGACUCGAGUUACUUCAAAAAUUUCUAAUAUUAAUGAAAACAAAUUUAUUUAUUCAAUUUUUAACUCUCUUCCGGAUAAGCAGAAAUUAUGUAUCAUACUACAUGAUGAAAUAUAUGUUAAAAAAAGUUUGCUUUACCAUGGUGGAACUAUUUUUGGUAGAUCGGAGGAUAACCCAGUGGAAUUGUCCAAAACAUUGUUAGGGAUUAUGGCUGUUUGUUUAAAUGGGGGUCCAAAGGUGUUAAUUAAAAUGAUACCAAUAUCAAAAUUACGAUCUGAAUUUUUGUUUGAACAGAUUAAUUUAACUAGUCAAAUAAUUGAUUCAGUCAGUACAAAUGUAAAAGCUAUUAUAUGUGAUGGGAAUCGUGUCAAUCAGGUUUUUUUUAAAAUGUACACAUUCAUUCCGGGAAAACCAUGGUUAACAGUAGAUGGAAAGUAUUUACUUUAUGAUUUUGUACACCUCAUAAAAAAUAUUCGUAAUCUUUGGUUAACUGAAAAAACUCAGGAAUUAAUAUUUGACGAUAACAGAGUAACCAGGAUUGCAAAAUGGACUCAUUUAAAGCAGCUUUACAAUGCAGAAUCCAGAAGCUUUCUAAAGUUAUCUGACCUGAAUGAAACUUCUAUUUCUCCUAAACCUGUUGAACGACAGUGUGUAUUAACAGUUUUAAGAGUAUUUUCAGAAAAAACUUAUGCUGCUCUUUUGCAACAUCCUGACAUGAUUCAUAUUGAUGUUAACGACACUUCUAUAUUUAUUAAUAAAGUUAUUAUUUGGUGGAAAAUUUUAAAUAUCAAAGCCAUUGGUGCUGAUACAAGGCAUAAUGAUCCUUUGCAGGCUGUCAUCAACAAUCCUAAUGACAAUCGUUUAAAUUUAAUACUACAAUUUGGUGAUAUGGCACUUAAAAUGGCAGGUCCCAAAGAUCACCUGGAAAAAGAAUAUAGUAUACUUCGUCAAGGUUCUGGUGGUACAUAUUUUCUUAGUGUUCAACAAGUUAUUGAAAAAUUACGUAUCAAACAUGCAUCUUUACUUUUGAAGUUAAAUGUAGAUAUUGACAAUUUUAAUGUGAAGUCUGGUCAUCAAUGUGCGUUAUGUGAUUACAAAUUGUCUGAAGACUGCUGCGAAAUUCUUGAUAACUUGCAAGAUCUAGAAUCUUCUAUUGCUGAUGAUGUUAAAAUGUCACUUAUUCACAUUGCUGGUUAUGUUACACGAAAUGAUAAAGAACAAACUGAUUAUGAACUUUUAGAUCAAACAACGUUCUAUUAUCAGAAAUAUGGUCAGUUUUCUAAAUUUUUGGAUCGUGGUGGAUUAAAAAUUCCAACUGAUAAUUCAUGCCAAUGGACAUUUUUUUGUUUUGUAGUUUUUCAAAUAGUUAAAGAUCAUGUAUGCCGAAAAUCUUUAAGUAGUAUUUUUAUGAUUAUAUCAGACUAUUAUUUAUUGGAUAUGGAAGAACAUCAUUGUGUAAUAUUGAGCAACAUUUUUUUAAAAAAUUUAUGUACCACUGUCACUUCAAGAUCUGGCAAAGAACCUGCACUAAAGUUAUUAAAAAUCUCUUAAAAGUCUACUUAGUUGUCUACUGUUUAUAAUAUAUUCAGUAUACUUUUUUAUAAAAGAUUUAUAAAAGUUUCAUA